AUGCUGCAGUCAGAAAAGAUGGCAAAGUUAAGUGGUGUCCACUUAAGUCUAUUAAACCGGACCUCCAGAAUAAAGCUAACGAAAACUGUGAGUUUUUGUCCACAGGACCAUAUCAUCGGAUGUCCUCGUAACCCGUACACCCCGGUGGCAAGAGAGGAUGACAAAUCGACAAGCAUCCUGUCCUCACCUGGAAGCUCCACACCGGCAGAAUCCAAACGACGGCAACAUGGCCCCCAAAAGGGGGGGCUACAUUGCCUCUGCGUGAUCUUGAUUUUAGAGCUUGUCACUGUAAGACAGGUAGGAUCAGAGCACCAUCCCCACCAGCCAUUCAAAUGGUCCCUCCUUCGAUUUGAGGAUCAGCAAAUUAUCGCAACUCAAAUAACACCAGGUGCGCCGAGCUUUAGUGCCUCUCUGUGUCAGCUUGUCCCAAGAGACCGAUGUUGGGAAUACCUAGGAUUUUAUAUGUGCCCCAGUUCGAAUCCUGGGAAGAGGUAUUGCAACUCCCCUAAUCAGUACUAUUGUGGUUAUUGGGGAUGUGAGACCAUUGCCCCUGCUUGGAUUCCAGGUAGUGGUAGAGACAAAUACCUAAAAGUCCAGUGGGGUCCAUAUGGAUGCACUCCACCGCAAGGAUUCAAAGGAUGGGGGAAUUGUCAAUACCUCUUCUUAAAUGUUACCAAGCCCUUAGAGGACAGUUGGUUACUUGGAAGAGUUUGGGGAAUAAGGUACACAGAACCAGGGACAGACAAGGGUGGUUUAAUUCUCAUAAAAAAGGAGGUUGCCCCGAAUGAUCCACUGCCAGUAGGCCCCAACCAGGCACUUGUUAAUGACGCCAUCCUGACUAUUCCCAAUCAGGGCCACGUGACUAAAGAGACCAACAACCAAGAAACAUCGACAAAAAAUUAUAUUACCGUACCCGUAGCGACACCGACACGUACCACACCCGUAGCGACACGUACCGUACCCAUAGCGACACGUACUGUACCCAUAGCGACACGUACCGUACCCGUAGUGACACGCACCGCACCAGCAAUGACAUGUGCCACCAAAAUUCCUUAUAGAAAUCCUCUCUGGAAAAUAAUGCAAGCUAGCUACCAAGUACUAAACAAAACUAACCCAAAUCUUACGGAACACUGUUGGCUGUGCUACGGAAUAGAACCACCCUUUUAUGAGGCUGUAGGAGUAAAUGACACGCCCACACGGGUGAAUGCCUCGAAUCCAACCCAGUUUAGGUGGGACACAGAAAAGCAAGGAAUUACAUUAGCGCAGGUGGUGGGAGGCGGCGUGUGUGUAGGUAAAGUCCCAAAGCACAAAGAACAACUGUGUGUUAAUAAAAUACGAGAUAAAACCCCUGCAAAGUGGUUAAUACCGGCCAACAAUACCAAGUGGGUUUGUUCUACUAUGGGAGUUACACCUUGUUUGUCGUUGGAAAAAUUUGAUGGAUCCUCAGAAUAUUGUGUCCAGGUAACUAUAGUCCCCAAAAUCUUUUACCACUCCGAAGACUCCGUCUACGACUCACACAUUACCCCAGAACAUCAUCUGUCAAAACGAGAACCCCUUACAGCACUAACAAUAGCUACUCUAAUGAUCAUAGGAGGUGCGGGAAUAGGUACAGGAGUAGCAUCCUUGGUACAGCAGAGCAAAGAACUUGGUGCCUUGAGGAUGGCAGUAGAUGAAGACCUGGCUAGAAUUGAACAAUCGAUAAGUGCAUUAGAACAAUCACUUAGAUCAUUAUCGGAAGUAGUUUUGCAAAAUCGAAGAGGAUUAGACCUGAUGCUCUUACAACAAGGAGGGUUGUGCGCUGCACUAAGGGAAGAGUGUUGUGUAUAUGCGGACCACACAGGAAUAGUGAGAGACACUAUGGCCAAAUUGCGAGAGGGAUUGGAAAAACGGAGAAGGGAACAAGAGGCACAACAAAAUUGGUUCACAUCGUUGUUCAACCGUUCACCAUGGCUGACCACUCUGAUAUCUACCUUGAUAGGGCCGAUUGCAAUGAUCAUGAUAGCAUUGAUCUUUGGACCCUGUAUAUUGAAUAAGCUCGUGUCCUUUGUUAAGAGCCGGCUAGAGAAGGUCAACAUCAUGUUGAUAGAACGCCGACAACUGCUUUAAGAAUGUUCUUGUUCAAAAUUUCCCUUAACUAC